UCAGGUUCUGGGGGAUAAUGGGCAGCGCUGUCUGGGACGGGUUCAGGUUCUGGGGGAUAAUGGGCAGCGCUGUCCGGGACGGGUUCAUGUUCGGCCUCAUUUACUGGAGUUUCUCUCCUCUGUCUUUUCUUUCCUGAUGAGUUUUGUUUCUUAGACCUUUUAAUUAUUUGUCCCCCAUCUUUGGACCCGCUCUGUUUUAUCGGUCUUUUUUGUAGGUGAGGUCUCCAGAGUUGACCCCAUCGCUGUCUCCAAGAAUCCUAAGGGAGAAGUCUAAUGGAUAUAAAGAUUGAGGUUAUCGAUGAAGAAGACGACGAGGAGGAGGAGGAGGAGGAGAUGUAUUUCGGGUCCGAUCAGCAGUGUAAAGAGGAGGAGACUAUCACUGAUGGAGUCAUUGAUAGAAAUCCACCUGAGAGGUGUCCCCGCCCUCUGUUUUCCCAGGACUGUCCAGAAGGAAAUGUCCCAGAGAAGCAUCAGGCUGAAGAUCUAAAUGAUAUUAAGGUUGAGGUUAAAGAUGAAGAAGAGACGGAAUUCAGAAGGGAUCAGCUGUGCAAGGACUGUCCAGAGGGAAAUGUCCCAGAGAAGCAUCAGGGGGUGGACCUGACUAUCAUUAAAGUAGAGGAUGAAGACUGGAUGAGGGAAGCGAAGGAGGAAAUGCCAGGAGGUGUUACCCCAGAAGACCCCUUGUUGUUGCUGAAUUAUAAAGUAGAAGAUGAAGACCUCUUUACCUUUACUGUCCAUCCAGGACUAUCAUAUGGUCCCGCUGAUCAUGAGGAACCUUCUCCUGACCGAUUCCAGAUUGCCACCACAAGUACAGAGCAUAGAGGGGAAAGGUUUCAAUGUGAUGAAUGUGGGAAAGAGUUCACAACCAAAUCUAAUCUUUUCGCACACAGAAGAAGUCAUACAGGGGAGAAGCCUUAUUCAUGUUCAGUAUGUGGGAAAUGUUUUACCCACAAACCAUAUCUUGCAAUACACGAGAGAAUUCACUCUGGAGAGAAGCCAUAUUCGUGUUCAGAAUGUGGGAAAUGCUUUACGAGCAAAUCGAAUCUUGUUACACAUGAGAGAAGUCACACAGGAGAGAAGCCGUACUCAUGUUCAACAUGCGGGAAAUGCUUUACGAGUAACUCAGAUCUGUUAAAACACGAGAGAAGUCACACGGGAGAGAAGCCGUAUUCCUGUUCAGUAUGCGGGAAAUGUUUCUCGCGUAAAUCCCUUCUUGUUAAACAUGAGAGAAUUCACACAGGGGAGAAGCCGUUUUCGUGCCCCGAAUGUGGGAAAUGUUUCACGGAUUAUUCAAAUCUUGUCGCGCACAAAAAAAUCCACACGGGGGAAAAACCGUACUCGUGCUCGGAAUGUGGGAAUUGUUUUACAAGUCAGUCGCAUCUUGUCAGACAUCAGAAAAUCCACACGGGGGAGAAGCCGUAUUCAUGUUCAGAAUGUGGGAAAUGUUUUAUCGCUAGAGGCAAACUAACCAUUCAUCAGAGAGUUCACACAAGGAAAAAGAAGCUUUGAUCUACAUGCAGAAAAUGUUUUAAAAGAAUCCAGAGUGGCAUUGAAAAGUGACUCUUCCCCCC